GUGAACAUGCGCACUUCGCGCAGUAGGUAAAAGAAGCGCCGAAUACAACACAACAGCGUGACCAAGAGGAUACGUGCCUGGAUUAUACUUCAAGUUCAACACAUUUUCACGUUGAGGAGCAAUGGAGGCACCGCCUGUGACUGUUAUGCCCGUGACGGGCGGUGCGAUCAACAUGAUGGAAUACCUGCUGCAGGGUAGUGUUCUAGACCAGGCUCUGGACAGUCUGCUGCACAGGCUGCGCGGCUUGUGCGACAACAUCGAGCCCGAGACGUUCGCCGACCACGAGCUGGUGUACUUGCUGAAGGGCCAGCAGGGCCAACCCUUCCUGCUCCGUGCCCGCCGGUCCCUCUCGCACCCGGCCGCCCCGUGGCACCUGCGCUACCUGGGCCAGCCCGAGGUGGGCGACAAGAGCCGGCACGCGCUGGUGCGCAACUGCGUGGACGUGGCCGCCUCGCACAGCCUGCCCGACUUCCUGAACGAGAUGGGCUUCCGCAUGGACCACGAGUUCGUGGCCAAGGGCCACGUGUUCCGCAAGGGCCCCAUGAAGGUGGUGGUGAGCAAGCUGUCGCGCGUGCUGGUGCCCGGCAACACGGAGAACACGGAGCAGCUGUCGCUGUCGUCGCUGGUGGAGCUCAGCGUGCUGGCGCCCGCCGGGCAGGACACCGUGUCCGAGGACAUGCGCUCCUUCGCCGAGCAGCUCAAGCCCCUGGUGCACCUGGAGAAGAUCGACCCCAAGAAGCACACGUGAGGGAGGACUCGCGAGGCAGCGCGGUGAGCGUGGAAGCCCAGGAACUGGCUCUCUUGGGGACAGACUGUGACUCUCCUCCUGCUGUAAAUGAGUGAUGAUGGGGGGGGGGGGGGGGGGUCUUUGGUCUUUGUUGGUUGUCUGGAACAUGCCCCGGUUUAAGGACAGACUGAUGGUUUCAGAGACAGCAUAACCAGCAUCGUCCACGGCACAGGGAGCCGUUGUACGGUUGCUCACUCUCUCACUCGGAACCUACUUGCGCACACACACACACACACGCACACACACACACACACACGCACACGCACAAAGUGUCCCAAAUGACUGACUAAUGUGUUUCCACUUUUUGACAUAUGAUCAUGACAUUGAGUGGGACUAUGUAUGAUAUCAGAGACAAACUGACGUUUGGGUUGCCCUAAGCAUAGUCAGGGUUAAUAAAUAAUGAUGCUCUUCAUUCCAUUGCUUCAUUAUU